ACUUAUCUUCUUCUUCUUCUUCACGGUAAAGCAGCAGUUAGUUUUCAGCACUGUACAGUACUUCGCCACGAGAGACCAAAUUCUCCUUCUUCGAUUCUUUUGAGUUGAUUCUACAAUGUUGAAUACUGAAGUAAAGCAAUAAACUUUAACGAAAGGCGUUUUCGAAUUUCAGGCGAAAAAUGGCUUCAAUUUGUACUUCAAAUUUUCACUUUUUAUGCAGAAAAAAUAACCCUAGCCCUAUUUCUCAUCAUCUACUAUUAUCUCCCUCUUCUUUAUCCUUCUCACGUUGCGGCGGAUUGCGGUUGUGUCGUUGCGCCGCGGUGAAGACCGGUUCAGAGGGCGGAGGGAUUCGGAGUGAUAACGCGGAGCUGUUGCGGAAGCCGGUGAUUUCGACGGAGUUGGAGACGACGUCAGAAAGUGAGGAGUUGGUGAAGGAAGAGUCGGAUGAUGAAGUAGGGAAGAAAGGCGGAGAUGGAGAGGGCUGGGUUGAUUGGGAGGACCAGAUUUUAGAGGAUACUGUGCCGCUGGUUGGCUUUGUUAGAAUGAUUCUUCAUUCUGGAAAAUAUGCAAUUGGCGAUAGGUUAAGUCCUGAUCACCAGAGAACAAUUCUACAAAGAUUGCUUCCAUAUCACCCAGAAUGCGACAAGAAGAUUGGCCCUGGAGUUGAUUACAUUACUGUAGGGUACCAUCCAGAUUUUGAAAACUCAAGAUGUUUAUUUAUUGUCCGCAAGGAUGGUGAAUCAGUGGACUUUUCAUACUGGAAAUGCAUAAAGGGGUUAAUUAGAAAAAACUAUCCACUCUAUGCUGACAGUUUUAUCCUCAGGCAUUUUCGGAAGCGGAGGCGUAAUGACUGAAUGUAUCAUUCGGAACUCGUACCUACCCUGAAUUUCAUGCAAAGGAGUUUCUUUUACUAUUGCCGAAUACAUUAUGUUGAGUGUCGAUCAAAUAAUUUUGAAGGUUGUGAUAUAAGUUCGUCUUUAUUGGGAGACUACUGCAAUCUACUCACCGUAGAAUUGCCCUUCCAAUUACUUUGUCUAAAAAUCUACACUGUAGAAUUCAAGUUACUGUAGUGAA